AUGUUUCAGGUGGAAGACAACUCCACGCGUGUGUCAGAGUUUGUUAUUGUGGGCUUCCCAAGUCUCCAACCGCAACACUUUGACUCGGUGGCGUGGUUCUUCUUCUUCCUCUAUGUGACCACAGUGGCGGGCAACCUUCUGCUGGUGGUGCUGUUUGCUUCGGAGCACAGUCUCCAGAAGCCCAUGUACAUCAUCAUGGUCAGCCUGGCCCUCUCAGACAUUGGCUUUACCACAGUGGCUUUACCCAAACUGAUCGCUCGCUACUGGUGGAACGACGGGAGUCUCGGCUUUCACACUUGCCUCUUCCAAGAGCACAUGAUCCACUAUUUUGGCUCCUUGAACUCCCUGAUUUUACUGACCAUGGCCCUGGACCGAUACCUGGCCAUCUGCUUUCCUCUCAGAUACCCGACGGUGAUGACAAACCAAACCAUGGCGGGCCUCACGCUCUUCUGCUGGGUGGUGGCACACAUCUUCCCUGGCAUCAGCACCGUCAACUUCACCAUGAUGCCGUUCUGUGGGCCCAACCAAAUCAUACACGCCUUCUGCGACACCAUGUCUCUCACGGCUCUGGUGUGUGGGGACCCCAGCCAACAAUUCAGCGCCGCCUUUGCUGGAGCCAUGUUUGUUCUUUAUGUUCCGUUAGCCUUUAUCAUCUUCUCUUACAUUUGCAUCAUCAUCUCAGUAUUGCGCAUGGCCAGUGGACAGGGCAGAAUGAAGACCUUCUCUACCUGUGCCACCCAGGGCUGUAUCAUUUGUAUCUACUACAUACCACGUUUCUUUGUCUACUCUACACCUUUCUUCCCUAACCUGACGAUGACCCCUGACAAGCGUAUAGCCACCACCCUCUUCUACAGUCUUUUCCCUCCAUUGAUAAACCCCUUCAUCUACUGUCUGAGAACCAAGGAGAUAAAGCGAAUAUUCACGCACUGGGUCCACAGACAAAAGGGCGUUACGCCAAAGAGGCACGGCCAAAUUAUGGCUGUCCCCAAGUCACACUGA